AUGAGUACAACCAAGGUGAAGAGACGUGUGGGCAAGUACGAGCUCGGCCGCACCAUAGGCGAGGGCACAUUCGCAAAGGUCAGGUUCGCGAGGGACACGGUGACCGGCGAGGCCGUAGCCAUCAAGAUCCUAGAUAAGGAGAAGGUACUCAAGCACAAGAUGGUUGAGCAGAUUAAGCGGGAAAUCUCGACGAUGAAGUUGAUCAAGCACCCUAAUGUCGUCCGCAUAUACGAGGUAAUGGGAAGUAAAACAAAGAUCUACAUUGUGUUAGAAUUUGCUACCGGUGGCGAGCUCUUUGAUACAAUUGUUAACCAUGGCCGAAUGAGGGAAGAUGAGGCAAGGAGGUACUUCCAACAAUUAAUCAAUGCAGUUGAUUAUUGUCAUAGCAGGGGUGUGUACCACCGGGAUUUAAAACCUGAAAAUUUACUGCUUGAUUCAUAUGGAAACCUGAAGGUCUCUGACUUUGGGCUGAGCGCGCUAUCUCAGCAGAUCAAGGAUGAUGGACUGCUGCACACGACUUGUGGGACUCCAAACUAUGUUGCACCAGAGGUCCUUGAAGAUCAAGGCUAUGACGGUGCAAUGGCUGAUCUGUGGUCAUGUGGAGUUAUCCUGUUUGUUCUGCUAGCAGGGUAUUUGCCAUUUGAGGACUCUAAUCUCAUGACUUUGUAUAAGAAAAUAUCAAAUGCAGAAUUUACAUUUCCACCGUGGACAUCUUUUCCUGCCAAGAGGUUGUUAACAAGAAUACUUGAUCCAAAUCCAAUGACGGUAUGCCAGAGCACAAAAGCUGCUUGA